AUGAAUUACUGUGACGGAGAUGGCGAAGCAACGGAGGAGGUGUUCGUCACGUGGGAAGGCGAGGCAGACGGUAGGUCGGCGGAGAGAGACGACGACUUCCAGGCUCCUAAAGUAUCCCGGUUUGCAGGACUCCGCGGAGGUUUGUGGAGCCGACGUCGCUCCAGUCAGCCUCCUACCGCAUCGAAGACGACGAAGAUGACGCCAGUGACCGGGAUUCGGAGCUAUUCAGCAGUCAACGCACAAAUCGACGCCGAACAGUAUCCGUUACCAACAAAAGAAGCUCUAUUUCACAUCAUUCGUCAUGGUAAGCAGUUCAGCAAGAUAGACCUCAAGGAUGCCUAUCUCCAGAUGGAAUUAGAUGAGGCUUCGAAGGAAAUCAUGGUGGUAAACACUCCACUGGGCCUUUUUCAAUAUCAGCGUCUUCCUUACGGGAUUGCAAGCGCACCAGCUAUCUUCCAAAGAUACCUCGAGCAACUUCUAAAAGGAAUAGAAGGUUGUGGCAACUAUUUAGAUGACAUCAUCAUCUCAGCACCUACAAGCGAGGAACAUCUGAACCGAAUCGACCGAGUUCUCCGCACUCUUCAAGAGAACGGCAUCAGAUGCAAACGGCAAAAAUGCUUCUUUUUCAAGGACGAAAUAGAAUACUUAGGGCGAAGAAUCAGCGCAAACGGCAUUCUCCCAGACAGUUCAGGCUUGGAGGCUUUGGCUGCUCCAUUGAAUCAACUUCGCAGAAAAGACGUAGCCUUCUUUUUUGGUCCACAACAGCAGCAGGCUUUUACAGCGCUUAAGUCCCACAUCAUUAACGCAACGCAGCUAGCUCACUUUGAUGAAAAAUUACCGCUAGUGCUCGCUACAGAUGCCUCAUCCUUUGGCAUCGGGGUAGUCCUUUCGCAUCUUCAGCCAGAUGGCGGAGAGAGACCCAUUGUUUUCGCAUCUAAAACGCUCGACAAGCACCAGGUUAAAUACAGCCAAAUCGAAAAGGAAGGACUUUCCAUAAUAUCUGGAGUAAAGCGUUUUCAUCAAUACCUUUAUGGCAGAAAGUUUAUCCUAAUCACAGACCACAAGCCGCUUGUAACCAUUUUUAAUCCAGGCAAGCAUCUCCCGUUGAUGACGUCAAACAGGCUACAACGUUGGGCUAUUAUUCUCAUGGCCUACAACUUCGAUAUCCAGUAUCGAUCCACAUCUGCUCAUGGUAAUGCAGAUGCUCUUUCACGCCUCCCAGUGGGUACAGAUCCAGACUUCGACAAAGAAGAGGAAGCUUGCCACAAUGUAGUCGAAGUAUCACCACCGAUAAAUUCCGAGCAAAUUCGCAACCACAUGGACAAAGACAAAGUUCUUAAACAGGUCCUGCACAUCUGCAAGUGCAACAAUCCUGCACCACCAAGAGAGUACCAAAGUUGGCCAGCAGCAACAACAGCAUGGGAGCGAAUUCAUAUCGACUUCGCCGGUCCAAUCUUUGACGCUAUGUGGCUCAUAUGCGUGGACGCGUACUCGCAGUUCCCAUUUGUCAUCCAAAUGUCGUCUACAACAACCGCCAACACGAUCGCUGCACUUUCUUCGAUUUUCGCCAUCGAAGGAUACCCGAAAACCAUGGUUAGCGACAACGGUCCUCAGCUUACAGCUGACGCCUUCGAAGAAUUCUGCAAACUGCACGGUAUAAAGCAUAUUACCACAGCACCGUUUCAUCCAGCAUCCAACGGAUUAGCAGAGCGAUUUGUACAGACAUUUAAAUUCGCAGUCAAGAAGAACCUCAAAGACGGUUCACUCCAAACGCCCAAGGUAAAACUCCUGCCGAGUUAA